AUGCUUUGCUUUCGUCAUUUUAUUAUUGCUCCAUUAUUAUUUCUUGGUAGACCUAUUGUAACAGUUAGUUCAUCUCAAUCGAUUGGUAUUAUUGAUUUAAUUUUAUCAGAACAUCAACAUAUGCGUGAUGAAUACGAAUAUUUUAAAUCAGUUGAUGAUAUUACAAAACUUGAUUCACGUGUUCGUCAAUGGAUUGCAUAUAUAGCUUUACAUGGACAUAAAGAAGAGAUAGCAUUUUAUCCUAAAGUUGAAAGCUAUUUAAAAGAUGAGAAGAAAGGUGGACAUCAUUUAAUUGAACAUGGUAUUAAAGAACAUCGUGAACUUGAAACUGAAUUAAAAAAAUUAGCUGAACAACCAAUUGUUCAAUGGAAACAAAUACAUAAAUCAGUUGAUAAAUUGAUGCAUCAUUUGAAAGAAGAAGAAGCUGAUAUAUUAAAGCCACUUCGUUCAAAACUUGAUAAAAAACUUCAAUUAGAUCUUGCUCAACAAUUUAUUGAUGCUGGUAAAUUAGCUUCCAAUCGACCUCAUCCUGAAUUAUCCAAAGAACCUGAAAAAGCACCUCAAGAAAAUAUCGACAUUGGACGUGCUGAAAAACAUAAAGAUCUUUAG